AUGACAGAACCAGCGGAGCAGACCGACCACCUGAAAAGUUCGACCAACCCAUCAGGUGGGAGCAGCAGCGGCGGCGGCGGUUCCAAGCAUCUCCCAGCCGGCCACCGCGCUGCACCGCCGCACAACGGCGACAGAGGGCGCCAGAGGGGCGGCAAGCACCACCAAGAUGUCAACACCGUCAAGUUGAGGGGUGUGUGUCCCGGAAACGAGUCUCCCAACGCCGGGGACGCGCCGCCGGGAGGGCUUCACGUCGAUUCGGACACCGGUCUGGUGGUGGACAACCGCCUGGGAAGGAAGCGUCACCGGCGCCGCGCCGCCAAGAAGAAGCGCAACUGGAAACCCUACUACAAACUUUCCUGGGAGGAGCGGAAGGCGCUGGACGAGCGAGAAACCGCCCGGGCGUCCCGCCUGCGCGAGGAAAUGUUCGCCAAGGGGCUCCCGGUGGCUCCUUACAAUACCACCCAAUUCCUCAUGGACGAGCACGACCGUGAGGAGCCGGAUCUCAACACUGAAGCGUGGCGACCGGACGAUACGGGCAGCGAGGAGGACCUGUUCGAGCACGACGAUGAGGACGACGACGACGGGAGCGGUGGCGGCGGCGGAGGAGGCGGCGGCGGAGGCGGUGGAAGCAGCGACGGCAUCGGAAGGCCGGGCAACGCUGGCGGGGAGUUUCUCCAGCGGGACUUUUCCGAGACCUACGAGAUGUACCACGUCGAGAGCCUGCAGAACAUGACCAAGCAGGAGCUGGUCAGGGAGUACCUGGAGCUGGAGAAGUGUAUGUCCCGCCUGGAGGAGGAGAACAACCGAUUGAGGCGCGCAGCCGUGGAGCCCGGAGGUGGCGGAGGAGGAGGCGGCAUGAGCGUUGAGGAGCCUCUGGCGCGCCUCCGGGAGUUGGAGCGGGAGCUGGAGAGACUCAAGGCCCAGAAUACAGAGCUCCUGCUGAGGAGCCAACCCGCCACUGACAAUUAG